UGAAAGCAGCCAAUCAUUCGCGAUCGGCUUCGCUCGACCGACAAGGAGGCGUCAAAGAAGGUCGGUCUGACGUACAACAAAUUAUCCCGCUCAGUAUUAACUCGGCCUGCGAACUGUGAACAGCACAUUCAUCAAUCCUUCGUAUCUUCAAGGACCCUUCCGAAGAACACGCUAUAGACGAAUUCAUAUAGACGAACGAUGAACGCAUCAGUUUUAAGAUCCGCCUUCCGCGAAAUACCGCAAACGCUAACACGAACGCGAAAAGUACAUUUAUGUGCAUCAAGACUCAAUUACCAUCCAAGCCCUUUGACGCAAUUUACGGAUGAUGAACUUAUGAUGAAAGAAACCGUUGCUAAACUGGCUAAGGAGGAAAUCGCUCCUGUCGUCCGAAAAAUGGAAAAGGAGGGCAAGAUAGAUGACGGCGUUUUAAAGGUGUUAUUCGAGAAUGGCUUGAUGGGUCUACAAAUUUCAACAGAUUACGGAGGUGCAGGUUGCAAUUUUAUGAGCACAAUUUUAACCGUUGAAGAAGUAGCGAAAGUCGACGGAUCCGUAGCUGCUCUUGUAGAUAUUCAUAAUACUUUGGUAAACUCGCUUAUUAUCAAAGUUGCAUCUAAGGAACACAAAGAAAAAUAUCUGCCUAAAUUAGCACAAAAAUAUGCUGGUAGCUUUUGCUUGACGGAACCUAAUUCCGGAUCGGAUGCGUUUGCUCUUAAAACCGUAGCGAAAAAAGAUGGCAGCGAUUAUGUAAUAAAUGGAACAAAGAUGUGGAUCUCCAAUUCCGACAUUGCGGAGGUGUUCUUGGUUUUCGCUAAUGCAAAUCCAUCCGCGGGAUACCGCGGCAUUACGACUUUCUUCGUGGAUCGCGAUACGCCCGGCUUGACUGUAGGUAAACCUGAAGACAAGCUAGGCAUCAAGGCAUCUGGAACUUGUAUGGUCCAUUUCGAUAAUGUCAGGGUACCUGAAAGCAAUAUUUUAGGCGAGUUUGGACACGGAUAUAAGUAUGCGGCUGGUUUUCUGAAUGAAGGUAGAGUAGGUAUUGGCGCUCAAAUGAUUGGAAUUGCACAAGGAAGUUUAGAUGCAACCAUACCAUAUACUCUGGAAAGGAAGCAAUUUGGAAAGGACGUUUUCUCAUUCCAAGCGAUGCAACAUCAAAUAGCUCAAGCAGUAACUGAUUUAGAAUGCGCCAGGUUAUUGGUUUACAACGCAGCUAGAUUGGUAGAUGCUGAAAAAGAUGUUAUGAAAGAAGCGGCUAUGGCUAAAUUAAUUGCAUCUGAAACUGCGUCACGUGUCACUACAAAGUGCAUAGAUUUUAUGGGAGGUGUUGGAUUUACAACCGAUUUUCCUCAGGAGAAAUAUUAUAGGGAUGCCAAAAUCGGCACGAUUUACGAAGGUACAAGCAAUAUGCAAUUGUCAACGAUUGCAAAAUGUAUACGCAAGGAAUAUUCGUAAAUUAGUAAUCCUCAACAUUAUACAUUUAUAAUAUA